CACAUCGGAAAUGAUAUAUUUUAUCUUGUCGGGAGAGUGUCGUUACGUCAGAGAAAUCGAGUUUCUAUCAUCGAAAGAUCAAAAUGAACAAGAGCAGUUACAUAAAGUGGCAUCUGCUGGGAAAGUAAACAUCCAUUAUAGAGCGCCAUCUACAGAAGUAAAAAGUAACGUUCUCGAAGCGCCAUCUGACGAGAGAGUAAGUUACAGACAAAGCUGUGGAAAAUUGAAAAAGGCACUGGUGCAAAUUUGUGUGCUUUCUGUAGGAAACUACUUUGCCGUAGGUGAGAAUCUCAAGAAAACGUAUAUCAUAGCGAAGAAUUCUGUACGUUGCUUUUUAAUUCCUAUACACCUGAUGCGAAAGCCUAGAUACAAACCAUUACUCCAAAAACUACGUAUUACUUUAGAGAAUCAACUUCCAAGUGUUCAAGAGAUUGUAGAGAAAUGUAUUGAGAAUGACAGAUGGCGCCACUACCGCCGUAAAGUGAUUCUGGAAGUCGUAUCUAAUCAGCGUGCGAAAAACUUAAACGAAAGAAAAGAAAAGUAAAGAACAACAGAAAGUGGGGUUUGGAUAAUAAGAACUAUUCGGGAAUCACACACAUAUGAAUAUUUUUAAUAAUUAAUUUUGUUUAUAGCUUUAGUUAAAUCAGAUUCUAGAGUUAAUUAAAUCAAAUAAUUACUAAUAUAGCAGCAAUUUUCAAUUGUCAAC